UUACAACCAGCUGACAUCCGGCAUCGUCCCGUCCAUUAGCCAACGGUGCCCACAGUCAGAUAACGAUACCUACCUGCACUCGAUAUUCCUGAACGACACACAAAAAAAUUCUCCAUCGAUUGGUCAACUCAACUGAAUGCAAAAUUUAACCGUUUUUACUAGAUACCGGGCUCUGGCCCCGUCUCUACCAGCUGAAGCUCAUCACUCCUGCCUGCCUGUCAGCCACAGCCUCCCUCUCUGAGCCAUGACCACCCAGCGGGAUCUGGAUAUGGUGCACCUCCGCCUUAUCUUGGUCAGUGGGAAAACACAAGACUUCACUUUCUCCCCGAACGACUCGGCCACAGACAUUGCCAAGCAUGUAUUUGACAACUGGCCUGCGGGAUGGGAGGAGGAGCAGGUGAGCAGCCCGAGCAUACUGCGCCUCAUCUUCCAGGGCCGCUUUCUUCAUGGCAACGUCACCCUGGGAGCUCUGAAGCUGCCCCCGGGCCGAACAACUGUCAUGCACUUGGUUGCCAGAGAGACCCUACCAGAGCCCAACUCUCAUGGUCAAAGGAACAGAGAAAAAACCACAGAGAGCAAUUGCUGUCUCCUCUUGUAAAGCAACAGAAACAACACCCGACCCUCUUUCCCCAUCCUCCCAAACAUAUACAAACACACAUACACACACACAUGCACAAACACUCUUACACAUACACACACAUUCUCCCCUGCCCAUCAUCCUGUCAGCCAUGGAUUUGGAGUGAUUACAGGAAGUCUGGUUGUGGCCGUCAUCCACGAACGCUUGUCCAGUCGGAGGCUGUAUUUUUUAUUUUUCCUUUUUUUGUGCCAAUACAUUCAGAUUAGUCCUCCCUUCAGCCUUUUACUGUGCUACCAGAUUUUGCCUCCUUUUGUUUGAAGAUCCUGACGAUGAAAUGAUGCCUGUGCUCACAUAAUAGACCCGGUCGCCGAUGGACGGGUGUUCAAGGCUCAAUGUUACGCAGUCAGACUUUAAAACAAGACCCUGGAACUGUCCCCCUCUCCAUGGACAUACAAGUCCUGUUCAGGAUGUUUGGGCUAACCCUCCGCAACUAGUCGUAUGGAUGUUUCCCUGGGUCUUACUGAAUGGUGUUAAUCCUCUCAUUGCACUUAACCAGUUUGUUAAUUUGAAAGUGUUUUGUUUUGCCUUCAUUUUCCCUCCCUUGUACCAUUUUUUAAAAUAUAUAUUAUAUAUAUAGAGGAAGGGACCAUCUUCCGGCUUUUUAGAAUAUGUGCCAUCCUCCUCAUAGACUGUAUCUGCCUCACACAAACUGAACUGUUUGGUCUGUCUCGGUGCCGGUGGCAUCUGUGCCAUCACCUAGACUCGUUUGUUCCCUGCGUUGGACCAACAGAGGGAGAAGGACUAAGGAUUUUAUUAGGACAGCUGCGUAAACACCUACUGAGUGGUGUGAGUGAGUGAGUGAGUGAGUGAGUGAGUGUGUGUGUGUGUGUGUGUUUGUGUGUGCGUGUGUGUGUGUUUGGCUUUGCUGUACACCAAGCAACGCCAAGCUGCAGGAUGAGCAUAGCCACAAGAAAUGGUACAGACGCCUACUGAGGCUUGUGGAAAUGGAGUGAGAGGACGUGGUGGAUUCCGUGAAGCGUGCCAUUAGGUGCCACUGUUUGCACCUCUGACCGGGACUAAAUAUGCUAGACUGUCCGUGCCCCACACCCCCCACCCCGGCCACUCCCUGGCGUAACGGUGGCAUAACGGGAGCAAACAUGUCGAGCCAGUUAAAUGCAGACAAAAGAGGCGGUUGAAGAUGGGAGAGGGGGCUGUGCUGUGGGUGCAACGCCCUCUACUGGACACUGAGACAAGAAGCAGGGGGAGACACUUCCUGUACGAAUUGAGAGUUAAGAGGAAAUUUUGGUGGUGUUUUCACCUCAUUUUUGUUUGGAUGCUGUCUUUAUUUCUUGUUUGCCUUUUAUCGUGGAAUCCAGUAAUAUCAUUAAUAUUGAAAUUUAAAUAUAUCGAUUUUUAUCUUGUGUAUAGGUAUUUGUUCAAUUUUAGUGUGAGUGAGUGUGUGCUGGGUGAAUGUGUAAGCACGUGGUAUCUAAGGACAAGUGAGUGGCGGUGGGUGCACUGGGAGUAUUGAUUGAUUGAUUUGCUUGGCUGUGGUUUCUAUGGAAACAGUUGGAAACAUUUGAUUCCUUCCAUUGAGUGUCUUUUGGUUUGUGUUUGUCAAUCAUGUCACUGCUAUGAAGUUUAGCUCAAUAUGAAUAAAUGUACAAACUAAAAUGCAAUGUGGUCUACCUAAAAGCUUGUAUUAUAAAUUAAUAAAUCUUUAAAUAAGGCA